AGUGACUGCUUUUUGGAUGAAUUAGUUGUGUAACGCAACACACGAAUGAACUCUACAGCUUCCAAAUGUCUGUUGCAUCCAAGAACCUCUUUGACCUCCUCGGAGAGGAGACUCCCGCAGCAAACGCUGACAAGAAACCCAGCCACCGUGAGAAGAAGGAAUCUUCUUCUCCUAUGCCCCGUGAGUUGGUUGCUCCAACUACUUCCUCCAAGAAACGUGAUUCUAACCAACCUACUCCCCGUGAACGCACUGUCGCUAAGAAGGCCGAUCAGCCUCGCAGACCUCGCCGUCAACCUCAAGGCAAUGAAGCUUUCAUCCGUGAAGGUAAGGAUGCUCGUUCCAACAACUUGUCCCACCCUGUAGAUUCCUCUUCUGCUCCUACUACCCGUCGUCCUCGUCGUGGCCGUGAGAACGACCGCCGCAGCCAAACUGGUGUUGUUGACACCACUAAGCAAGUUAACCGUGGUUGGGGUGAUGCCAUUCAAUCCGAACAAACUGCUGAUGUUGCUGAAGAUGAAGGCAACACUCCCUCUGGUGCUAACACCCCCGUCCCCAAUGAAGAGGAUUCUGUCAAGACUCUUGAUGAGUUCCUUGCUAGCCGCAAGUCUACUGCUAAGCCCGUUGGCCGUAAGGUUGAAACCAUUGACAAUGCUAAGCCCAUCCUAAAGGGUGAACCUGAGGACAUCUUUGCUUCUGUCAAGAAGGGUGGUGCUUCUAAGAAGAAUACCGCCAAGGAAUCCAAACCCAAGAAGGUUGUUCUUGACAUUGAGCAAACUUUCACCACUCGCCCUUCCCGUGGUGGUGGUGCUGCCCGUGGUGGUCGUGGUGGUCCUCGCCGUGGCAACAAUGCCCCCAGAAACCAAACUUCCGCUCAAGCUCAAGCUCCUCCUACCCUUUCUGAAGCUGACUUCCCUGCUCUUGCUUAAAUAAACUAAGCCGGCGUGAGAGCAGAACCGUUGCGACAUGGAGCGUUUUAUUGGUCUUGGAUGAUUUUUGUUGUCAAGCGCAUAUAGAAAAGGUUGAUGUAUUUUGCAGCCCUUUUUUUGUCUUUUCAUUUGAGUACAUUUUUACUGGUUUUGUAGAACCGGCAAUGGUUUUCGUUUUGUACCUUCAUGUUGAUGUUAAAAUAUGCACGAGAACUUUGUCGUGUGUCUUUUCUGCUGAAUGAAUUGGCAAGGUCUUGACUAUGUUUAAAAUAGUUGAAGUAUUAGUGUCAAAAAAGUUUUUUUCCACAUCCUA